UACAGGAUGUGUGUGCUUUGAAGCAUUCUGGAUAUGCCUUUGUAAAAUGUUAGGACUUACCAGCAAAUGCAUGUUUGUGGCCCCACUGGCUGGAGAGCUCCCUGGAAGCCAUCUGGUUGGAUCUGUUGUUGCACCCACCCAAUGUGUGGGUGUCAGAGAUGGGAGCAGCAUUGCUCCUUCCACCAGCAGCACAUCGUGAUGCCAGAGCAGUGGCGCGGUGAACCCGCAGAGGUUGUGCUGUGCCGGUGGCCAGAGGCUGGUGUCCAAGCUAUUGGGGUAGUGGUGUUCUGCCAGCUCUGCACAUUCACAGGCAUCCUCAUUUGUAGGACCAGCAGAUCCAGUCCAGCCUGUCUGCACAGAACCUCCACACCAGCUUUGGUCUCCCUCCAAGCUGUGGUAUACUGUUGUAAAAGUGUUUGGUGUUUUGGGGUUUUUCUGGUUUUUUGUUUGUUCAUUUGGAGGUUUUUGGAGGUUUUUGUGUUGAAAAUGUAGGUUUCUCGUGGGAUUUUGUGUUUGCUAGAAAUCAAGCUGAAAUUAUCUUGGCUUUGUUUAGUCAUAUCAUACCCUUUGUGUACAGCAGUAAAGAAUAAUUUUGGCAGGGAAGAGGGCAGCUAACCCAGCCUUUGUACUAACUCCCUCAACUACCAGCAACUGCUGUAAGUUUCCCCUUUUAAUAACGACUGCUUCAGAAAUAGAGGUUUUGAUUUGAGGAGAAAGCAGUAAAAAAUAGGAAGUGGGUCAGAUAUGUAACUUCUGCAACUGAACUUCAGUUGAGAGCAAGAUGUAGGCUGCCAAAUAAAAGCAUUUUCUGUGUAGCUGUGCAGACCUCCCUCCAGUGCAAAGUGCUGCCUCUGACAAGCUCUUUCCUGGAGGUAUUUCUAAGAAGCUCAUGUGCAGGAUGAAGAGACUAUCUCACUUAAAAAUCUUGAAAGGCUGCAGGAACUUCUUUGCCAGUGAGAACUAAAGCAUGACUACCAUUCAGGAAGUGAGUGGAUUUUUCCUUCCAUUUCCCUGAAAAACUUGCCAAAUUCCUGAGAAAACAGAGACUUUUUUUCUGAAGUUGUUGAAGCUCAUAUGAACAGAGAGGAGGACAUUUUUUUUUUUAGCCCUGCAAAGCUGCCUGGUAUUUGAAAUGCUGAAGAGGAAAUUACGGUUUUGUCACAACUUGCGUUUCAGGCUUUUCUUGGGUCUAACUCUUAUUUUAGUAAUAAUUUCAGUGUUGAAAGUUAACCAGAAAGAAGACUUCUUAAAUCGGAGACAUCUGGAGCUAACAAAAGAAGAUCCUAUUAGCAAUGUUAACUGCACCAAGAUUAUUGAGGGAGAUAUAGAAGAAAUGCAAAAGGUACAGCUUGAGGUAUUAUCAGUGUCAUUUAAGAAACGCCCCAGACUAACGACAGAUGAUUAUAUUAACAUGACUUCUGACUGUGCCUCCUUCACCAAGACUAGGAAAUACAUUAUGGAACCUCUCAGCAAUGAAGAAGCAGAAUUUCCAAUUGCUUACUCAAUAGUGGUUUAUCACAAAAUUGAGAUGCUUGAUAGACUUCUAAGAUCAAUCUAUGCUCCACAGAAUUUUUACUGCAUUCAUGUAGACAAAAAGUCUCCAGAAUCCUUUUUUGCUGCUGUGAAGGGAAUAGUCUCAUGUUUUGAUAAUGUCUUUAUUUCCAGCCAGUUAGAGAGUGUGGUAUAUGCUUCAUGGAGCAGAGUGCAGGCAGACAUUAACUGCAUGAAAGAUCUCUACAGAAGAAGUUCAAACUGGAGAUACCUAAUAAACCUAUGUGGCAUGGACUUUCCUAUAAAGACCAACCAGGAAAUAGUAGAGAAAUUAAAAGCCCUUAAGGGUGAAAAUAGCUUGGAAACAGAAAAAAUGCCUGUUUAUAAAGAAGUAAGGUGGAAAAAACACCAUGAGAUUAUUGAUGGUAAAAUAAAGAACACAGGCAUAGACAAACAACUACCACCUCUCAAUACUCCAGUUUUUUCUGGCAGUGCCUAUUUUGUAGUUAGCAGAAGCUUUGUAGAAUAUGUAUUAGAAAACAGCAAAAUACUUAAGUUCAUUGAGUGGGCGAAAGAUACUUACAGCCCAGAUGAGUACCUGUGGGCAACAAUUCAGAGAAUCCCUGAAGUCCCAGGUGCUUUUUCUUCCAGUGACAAGUACGACGUUUCUGAUAUGAAUGCACUGGCCAGGUUUGUCAAGUGGCAGUACUUUGAAGGUGAUGUGUCCAAAGGUGCACCCUACCCACCGUGCAGUGGAGUUCACAUUCGCUCUGUCUGUGUUUUUGGAGUAGGAGACUUGAACUGGAUGCUACGAAACCAUCACUUAUUUGCUAAUAAGUUUGACACUGAUGUUGACCCUUUUGCAGUGAAAUGCUUGGAAGAGUAUUUGCGGCACAAAGCUUUGUAUCUGCAAAAGAACUGAAAUGUAUGCUCCUGUUAGGAAACAUAGGUACAAAUAUUAUACUGUGAUGUCCUUUAACAUGUUACAGCCAUGGUGGGGAUGCUGAUGAUGGCUAUAAUGACUCUCACCGUGUUGGUGUGGUGGUGCUGAUGCCCUCCCUUGUCCAUGGACAAGGGGGAGAAAAGACAUGUCUCGAGUACGCCUUGUGGCACACUGAGACUUGGAGCUUUAGGUACAAAAUCAAGACAGCAGUUUUU